AAAGGACUUGCAUACCUUCCACAAAAAGGGAAAUGGCGAGAGCAAAUCAGUACGUCCUCUUCCUGCUACUCAUCUUCAAUUCCACUGCAGCUCAGAACACCACAGGAAGCAGCUCCAAUGAAUUCCAUGUCGGUGUGAUCCUCGACUUGGGUUCCUUGGUGGGGAAAGUAGCACGGACCAGCGUUUCACUGGCUGUCAAAGAUUUCUAUGCAGCUUGCCAGAAUUGCAGCAGGAAACUAGUCCUCCAUGUCAGGGAUUCCGCGGGCAACGAUGUCCAAGCUGCUUCAGCAGCUAUCGAACUGCUGGAGAAUUACAAAGUGCAAGCCAUCAUUGGUCCCCAGAAAUCUUCAGAAGCUGCAUUUAUAUCCGAGCUAGGGAAUACAGCCCGAGUACCUAUUGUAUCCUUCACGGCAACAAGCCCCUCAACCACUUCUGAUGUUAUGCCAUAUUUUGUGCGUGCAACAUUGAACAGCUCAGUUCAAGUGGAUAGUAUUGCCUCUCUUAUCAAAGCCUAUGGAUGGAGAGAGGUGGUACCGGUAUAUGAUGAUACCGACUAUGGGAGGGGCAUUCUACCGCACCUCAUUGAUGCUCUUCAACAAAUAGAUGCUCGUAUUCCAUAUCGCAGUGUUAUCUCUAUGGCAGCAACAAGUGAAAACAUUAUACAAGAGCUCUACAAGCUAAGGACGAUGCAAACGAGGGUAUUCAUUGUCCAUAUGUCAUCAACCAGGGCAUCCCUUCUCUUUACAAAGGCCAAGGAGGCAGGAAUGAUGAAGCAAGGAUAUGUGUGGAUCAUAACAAAUGGAUUAGCAAACAUAAUCGAUUCACUCAAUCCAUCUGUUAUUGAAGCAAUGAAUGGGGUAAUAGGAGUAAGGUUUCAUGUCCCCAGAUCAAAAGAACUUGAUAGUUUUUCCAUAAGAUGGAACAAAAUGUACCACCAAGAUAACCCAAAUGAAUCGCCAGUUAAUAAACUGAGUGUUGUUGAGCUAUGGGGAUACGAUACAGUUUGGGCAUUGGCACUAGCAGCAGAAAAGAUUAGGGUAUUGAGUAACAAAAAUAAUAGACUGCAGUCCGCUAAAAACUCUACAUGCUUGGAGUCGCUAGCUGUUUCCACAAAUGGUCCACAGCUCCUAACAGAAAUUGUACAAAGCAAAUUUAGAGGCUUAAGUGGAAACUUCGACGUGACAGACAGACAACUGCAAGUUUCUGCAUUACAAAUAAUAAAUGUGGUUGGGAGAAGUUGGAGACAUAUUGGAUUUUGGAGUUUGGAAAAUCGCCUUUCACGCAAGCUAAAUCAAAAUGGUUCGGAAAUAACAAGGUCAACCUCAAUGCUCAAUCUAAAUCCAGUAAUUUGGCCAGGAGAGUCAACAGAAAUACCAAGGGGUUGGGAACUUCCUGCAAGUGGUAACAAGCUUAGGGUUGGUGUGCACACAAGUGCAUAUCCAGAGUUUAUAAGGACAUCGAAGGAUCCAGCCACGAGUGCAACAAGAGCAAGUGGCCUUUCAAUAGACAUAUUUGAGGAGGCAGCAAAGAAAUUGCCUUUUGCACUUUCUUACGAAUAUGAAGCAUUUGAUACAGUUGAUACACAAAGUACAGGGAGCUAUAAUGAUUUUGUUUACCAAGUUUAUCUUCAGAGAUAUGACAUAGCAAUUGGAGAUAUAACAAUCAGAUAUAACAGAACGCUGUAUGUCGAUUUCACGGUACCAUACACAGAAUCAGGAGUGGCGAUGAUUGUACCAGUCAAGGAAAAAGUGAACAAUAUGUGGAUUUUCUCAAAACCACUAAGCAAAGGAAUGUGGUUUGGAAGCAUCAUGUUCUUUAUAUAUACUGCACUUGUAGUCUGGCUGUUAGAGCGUCUAAAUGGCAAUGGGUAUCUUCAUGGUCCCUUUUCUCUCAAACAACUUGGGAUUCUGAUGUUUUUCUCCAUAUUUGAAGAGAAGGAGAAGCUGGAGUGCUUUCUAUCUCGAAUAGUUCUACUUGUUUGGAUGUUUGUUCUUCUAGUGCUUGCAUCAAGUUAUACAGCAAGCUUUGCAUCGAUGCUUACUGUACAGAAGCUUUCACCAACGGUGACUGACAUUCAUGAACUCCAGAAGCAAGGAGGGUAUGUAGGAUUCCACCGAGGUUCCUACAUAGAGGGUUUAUUGGAAGAUAUUGGUUUUGACAGAUCAAGAAUAAGAGCCUAUGAUACUCCUGAAGACUUCCACAGUGCACUUUCUAAGGAAGGCAAAUAUGGUGGUGUUGCUGCUCUCGUUCUGGAAGUCCCAUACAUCAAAUUGUUUCUUGCCAAAUACUGCAAAGGUUACACAAUGGUUGGACCUAUUUACAAAAGUGCUGGCUUUGCAUUUGCACUUCCGAAGUGAUCUCCACUACUUAAUGAAAUAUCAAGGGCAAUCCUCAACAUAACAGAAGGAGACAGUAUCAUUCAAAUCGAGAAGAAAUGGACUGAUCAAAACAGUUGUCAAAAUGACGAAAAAAUUGCUGAUUCGGGUGCUAUCACUUUUGGCAAUUUUGGGGGAUUAUUCCUCCUAACUGGAUUUGUAACAACAUGUUCCCUUUCUAUAGCUUUGUUGACCAACCACUACAAAAAGGGUCAACAAAAGGCAAGGAUCAACAUGGAUGAUCAGAGUCAAUACAGACAUGGGCAACAAGAAGAAAAUGAGCAUGUUCAAGAAGAAGACAAAAACAAUAAAAAUAAUGAAAGAUGCAAUGAUAUAGAGAACCAAGCAACAAUAAUAUCCAUGCCUCAUAGUCCGAACACAAAUACUGAUCAGCUACAGCACUGCACACAAAAUAACAAGGCAACAGCAUCCGCCCACCAUGGUUCACAAGUUGCUCAUAGGGGAGACAGAACUAGCAUAGGUAACCAAGUGGCUCAAGUUUAGUUUCACAACUAAAUGGACUAGGCUCAGUUGAUGUUUGAAGCUCAAAGGUCAGAAGCAGAGAGUCUGGUUCUCUUGGAUCAAAUGGUUUAUCCGAACCCGAAAAGGAGUGGAUUUUCCCAUUUCCAAUUAAUUUAGUAUCAGACAUAGGUUAGCAAAUAAUGGCAGGGCUACAUACUUGAGUUUCCACAUGAUAAAUAAAUUGAUUACUAUAUACCUUUUUUCACAUCA